AUGUAGGGAACUACCGUGAAUAUCAUUGAAGGUUUCUCAGCUCUUGGGUUGAAGACCCAGCACUGGCUUUGGAUUGACGGACAGGUAAAUGUAAAGAUUACUGGAAAGAAUGUUGAGAUUGAGACAACAGAUGGAAAGAAGAAAUUACGGCAACCCUUAUCAAAACUAUAUCCAAAAGAUAUGGAAGCACCUGGCGGUGGCGUUGAUGACAUCGACAAAGCUUUCUUUUAUUUGCAUGAGCGAGUUCUGCAGAAUCUAAAAAUCAAGAAUCAUCGAAACUCAAUCCAGACAUACACUGGGAAAUCUCGCUUAUUGCCAAUUAAAUCCAUUUAACGACUGCCUCAUAUCUAUGAUGGUCCCACACUGAUGGGCAACAAUACACGCGGAGCACCAUUUGGUGAGCUAAGUCCUCAUGUUUUUGCAGUUGCUGAUGUUGGUAGCAGGGCAAUGGUCAACCUCGAGAGCAACAAGGCACAUUUCAUAUUGGUCAGUGGUGAAAGUGGUGCAGGUAAAACUGAGACGACGAAAAUGCUUAUGAGGUAUCUUGCCUUUUUAGGUGGUCGAGCUGCUACUGAGGAAGGACUGUUGAACAACAAGCUUCUCGAAUCAAAUCCGGUCCUUGAAGCGCUUUUGGGAAUGCUCACACACACUGUUAGCACACAUAAUACUCUCACGCGUGAGAUCUUCUCCUCACCUCGCUCAAAUAAUAUGAUGUUUGAUUAUACGCUCUCCAGACGCAAUGUGAAAGAUAAUAUCCACAAAGUUGUUGCCACACUCGCGCUGUUUUGCCAAUCUCCUAAGUUGUUAGGAUAUUUAACUGACAUAGAAAUUGAGAAGUAUAAGUGGGGGAACCCAAAAUCAAUUUCAUUUAUCCUUAAGCCAGAUCAAAUUUGCUAUGAACUAGUUUGGUGGAAAGGACAUGAUUCCUCAGUUCGCAAAAGGAUGAGGCAAGCCAAAUUUCAUCUUAAACAUGAACAGCGGAGCUACUUCAUGUGUGAUGGCCAUAGGCUUUUGGAAGAUGCAUUAUGCAAGCGUGAUAUCACCCCUGAGGAGGUUAUCAAAGCGAAGUCUUUGAUUCCUCGCAAAGUUGCAGGCAGUUCAGCAGGGAUGGUUUAGCUAAAUACAAUUUAUUCACCUCUGUUUGCUGGUAAUGGGUGGCUGGUGGAUAAAAUUAAUAUCAUUGGACAAGAUCCUAAUUCAAAUUGUCUGAUUGGAGUCCUUGACAUCUAUGGUUUUGAAAGUUUUGAGCAGUUCUGUAAUUUCACCAAUGAGAAGUUGGGCAAGAGUUUCAUAUAAUGACUUCAGCAUGUAUUCAAAAUGGAACAAGAAGAAUAUACUAAAGAGCAGAUUGAUUGGGCCUACAUUGAAUUUGUUGAUAAUCAAGAUGUUUUGGAUCUUAUAGAAAAGCAUGUUCCCAAGUCGACCCAUGACACAUUCGGCAAAAUCUCUUCUUUUGGGCAGCUUUAUCAGAGCAUUUCAAAAAGCACAGCGUUUUAUCAAGCCGAAUUGUCUCGAACAGAUUUCGGCGCAUUGCUCAUUAUGUUCUGGAGAGGUCCUGUUAUCAAUCUGAUCAAUUUUAUGGACAAGAAGGCAAGGACUAUGUGCUAUGAUGAAAAGAUUGCCUGCAGAAAAAGAUUCUGGAAAAAGAAAGGGCUUCAAAAGGCUUUCAGGGAGGCAGCUGCUGUGAAAAUUCAGAAGGCAUGUAACGGCAAAUAUGAAAUGCGCAGAAAAGCAUUCAAAGAACCUCUCAUUGUCUGUGCAACUUGUCUUAGCAAACAGGUUUAAGAGCGAAAGAAAUGGCUGCCUCGUAAGAAAUUCAGAUUUAGGGCAAGGCAAACUAAAGCUGCAAUCAUCAUUCGACUUCAAUGGCGUUGUCGUAAAGCUGUUUCUUACUACAAGAGGCUCGAAAAGGAGGCAAUUGUCUCACAACCAGAUGGAGAAGGAAAGAUCUGGCGAGUAAAGGAGCUUAAGGAAGCUGAACUGGAGGCAAGGGAAACAGGUGCACUAAAAGAGGCCAAAAAUAAGCUCGAAAAACAAGUAGAGGAACUCACUUGGCGUGUACAAUUGGAAAAACGUUUGAGGACUGACUUGGAAGAAGCAAAAGCGCAGGAGGCAAUAAAGUUUCAGAAUUCAUUGGAAGAAAUGCAAAAGAAGCUAGAAGAAUCAAAUGCCUUGCUGGUUAAGGAAAGAGAAUCUGCAAGGAAGGCUAUUGAAGAAGCACCUCCUGUUAUUAAAGAAACUCAAGUACUUGUUGAAGAUACAAAGCAAAUUGAGUCUCUAACAGAAGAAGUGGAAAACCUAAAGGCAUCAUUGGAUUCUGAGAGACAAAGAGCAGAUGAUAAUGAGAUAAGAUUAAAUGAAGCAUAUGAAUCUAGCGAGGAAAAACGAAAAAAAUUAGAAGAUACAGAGAAAAAAGUUCAACAGCUUCAGGAAUCUUUGCAGAGGCUAGAAGAGAAGCUUACCAAUUUAGAAUCAGAGAAUCAAGUUCUGCGGCAACAAGCUGUGUCAAUGGCACCCAAUAAGUUCCUUUCAGGGCGCUCCCGAUCAAUUAUGCAGAGGGCUGAAAGUCACAUUCCAGUAGAUACAAAGUCAGGUUUGGUAAGUUUAGAUCUGCAUAGUGCUUCACUAAACCACAGGGAACUGGCUGAAGUAGAUGACAAACCUCAAAAGUCACUAAAUGAGAAACAACAAGAGAACCAGGAAUUGCUUAUUCGAUGUAUUGCACAACACCUAGGCUUUUCAGCAAACAGACCUAUUGCUGCCUGUAUCAUAUACAAAUGCCUUCUACAGUGGCGAUCAUUUGAAGUUGAACGUACUAGUGUCUUUGAUCGGAUAAUUCAGACCAUAGGCCAUGCUAUUGAGACCCAGGAUAACAAUGAUGUAUUGGCUUAUUGGUUAUCCAAUGCAUCAACACUUCUCUUGCUACUCCAGCGCACAUUGAAGGCAAGUGGUGCUGCAGGAAUGGCUCCACAGCGUCGCCGAUCAUCAUCAGCUACUCUUUUUGGAAGAAUGACACAGAGUUUCCGUGGAGCUCCCCAAGGAGUCAAUCUUUCCUUAAUCAAUGGUGGCAUCAAUGGAGGAGUGGAUACUUUGCGGCAAGUUGAAGCCAAGUACCCGGCUUUGCUUUUCAAACAGCAGCUUACAGCAUAUGUAGAAAAGAUUUAUGGAAUGAUUCGAGAUAAUCUGAAGAAAGAAAUUUCUCCUUUGCUAGGGUUGUGCAUCCAGGCACCAAGAACAUCCAGAGCAAGCCUAGUUAAGGGAGUGCGUUCAGUUGCUAAUACUGCAGCCCAGCAAGCUUUGAUUGCUCACUGGCAAGGGAUUGUGAAGAGCCUUGGAAACUUCUUGAACACUUUGAAAGCAAAUCAUGUACCCCCCUUCUUAGUUCGUAAGGUGUUCACACAAAUAUUUUCCUUCAUCAAUGUUCAACUAUUUAACAGUCUUCUAUUGAGGCGAGAGUGUUGUUCAUUUAGUAAUGGUGAAUAUGUUAAAGCCGGAUUGGCUGAAUUGGAACAUUGGUGUUACAAAGCAACAGAUGAGUAUGCAGGUUCAUCAUGGGAUGAGCUGAAGCAUAUCAGACAAGCUAUUGGGUUUCUGGUCAUACAUCAAAAACCAAAGAAAACACUGGAUGAAAUAAGUCAUGACCUGUGUCCAGUUCUCAGUAUACAGCAGCUAUACCGAAUUAGUACAAUGUACUGGGAUGACAAGUACGGGACACACAGUGUGUCCUCAGAUGUUAUAUCCAAUAUGAGAGUGUUGAUGACAGAAGAUUCAAAUAAUGCAGUUAGUAGUUCUUUCCUGUUAGAUGAUGAUUCAAGCAUUCCGUUUUCAGUUGAUGACUUAUCCAAGUCAAUGGAACAAAUUGACAUUUCUGACAUUGAACCACCACCUCUAAUUCGAGAGAAUUCAGGUUUCAGUUUCUUGCUGCCGCGUGCGGAUUAGACAUGAAAAUAGCAGAAAUGGAUGAUGCUGAUGCAUGGAUUAUCUCUCUCGUUUCUUUACCUAUAAAGAAAGAUGUGACUCGCAAGGCAAUUCAAUUUUGGAGUGUCAUUGUGGAGUUUUUCCACUAUUGAUUUUGCAUUACAGUAGACUUUCUUUUCUUCUUUUUGAUAUCUUUUUUGGGUUAAUGGUAGUAGAUAGUUUUGCUUCAUAGAAAGGGAUGACAUUUCUCCCUUAUCAAUAUAAUGAAACAUGAAACAAUUCCUUUUUUUUUUUUUUUUUUUUUUUUUUUUUUUUUCUUUCUUUU